UCGACUUAGCAAGCUGGAAUAAAGUGUAAGUGGAUUAAAGCUACCUGGAUGGACCUGGUGGAUAUACCUCCCAGUUGGCCUCGAGAUGACUUUAAUUCAGCUUGAACUAUUGCUGUUGUCAGCCGUAUUGCAGCAAUAUUCAGUGCUCACCAUUAGCACCAGUAGCAGAAAACAAUUAAAAGAUGUACAGUUGAAAAUUCCGCUACAAAUACGCGCACGGCGGUUCUGCACUGACACAAACUGCAUUAAGACCUGCCCAAAGGACUAUGAGAUGGAUCCUGAACAGCAGUAUUGCCGCUACCAACGGUCAACUUGUCCGCCAAACUACGUUCGCCGGCAAGGAAGUUGUAUUCUGCUUGAAGUGCAGUGCCCUCCAGGAAGUGUUCGCCAAGGAAAUCGGUGUGUCGUUAAAAGCUUCGAAUGCCCUCAAGGAUACGUUCUGGAAGGAACCAAUUGCGUUAACUCCCGAUACUGUCCGGAUGGCUACCGUUGGGAAAACGGGUUUUGCUAUCAGCAACAUCACCGUUCGCGUAUUUGUCCGCAAGGAUAUGAACGGCAAAGCGGUGUCUGUAUUCAAAUUUGUGCGAACUGUGAAGCCGCUUGUUCUGAGUGUCAAGAAGAAACCGCUCCACUUCAAUGUCCCACCGGUUACGUAUUUUACAGAGAGAAAUGCAUCAAGCUCUUGCAGGGAAGAGCAGAUGUGGUGGUUAGGAAUGUUACAUAUAAAGUACCAAAGGAGUGUGAACACGAAGCAUUCUACAAUGAUGGAUCGUGCGUUUCGUGGAAAUUUGAAAAAAUACUAUGCACAAAUGGUCACUUUUAUGGCGGUAGUUGCGUGUCCGUUGCGAGGUGUAACAGGGGCUUACUGCAAAACGAUUGCGAAUGUAUUGAAGAAACCAUUUCCACUGCGGUUUGCCAACAAGGUCAACCCAGUGCAGAAGGAUGUGUAAUAGGAAAAGCUUACUGUACGUCACCUGCGAAGCUUGUAAAUGGAAUGUGUUUCGAAGUAGUGGAUUCUCAUAAACCGUUUUGUGAAGUAGGUACUCUUUCAAAUGACUUCUUCUGCGAUGUAGGAUCACCGCAGUGUCCUUCGGGAUUCGUUGUAGACGACCAUAUUUGCAAAAGCAGUAUUGCUGCAUAUCCAAUGCAAUGCUCAUCGAGCGGUUUUUUCCAUGGAUGGUGCAGUACAAAUGCUAGUUGUGAAUACGGAUAUCAGCUUGAAGGCAAUGGCGUUUGCGUGAGGAAUGUAAUUAGAGAAAUGGAGUCUUGUCCAUCGUCAACAAUCGAAGCUGGUAAAAUAUGCAUUUUUAAUUUACCCCUCUGUGAUUCUGAUCAUGUGUUCGAUAAUGCCUACGGAUUGUGUGUUAAGUGUGAAGAAAAAUCAGUUAUUUGUAAUGAAGAGUCUGGAUAUCAUUAUAAUAAUGGAACGUGCUUACGGUACGACUCAGUGUGCCCUCUUGGAUAUAGUUGGAAUAAAACUCAUUGUGUCAGGAUUUCAGGUGACUGUAAGUGUCAACAAGGGUUUCAAGAAGAACAAUAUUGUAUCCAUAGCCACCUCACAUGUCCGGAGAACUAUCAUUUUGUGAGUGGUUUUUGCUUAAAAAUAGAUUCUCCAACAUGCCCAGAGCGAGGAAGCUUCUCAAACGGGAUUUGUAUUACUUCUCCGCAAUGUCCCGCUGGUUUUGUUGUCGGACCAGAAUUUUGCGAGGAUAUUGUACCAAUACGACUUAACACUACAGUACCAACGUGUCUUUUCGGCUUCAACUAUGAAAAUGGAAAUUGUGUUAAAAUUAUUUGGAAGAAUGCUGUAUCGGAAACCAGAAGACCGGAUUGCCCAUUUGGAUACGAGCUUUCGGGAGCACUGUGUAUUAAAAAGUUUUAUGGUUAUUUAAUAUGCCCACCGAAGACAAUACUGAUGAACGAAGAGAAUAAAUGCUUCUGCAAGGUAGAUCUUGUAUGUCCAACGGGAUACGAGCGAAUUGGAGAUGAAUGCGUUUUCCGUUCCAUAAACUAUUUCUCUUCCUCCCUCAAUUUCUUGAAUCCUUGCUAUGGAUCUCAAUGUGGUCUGCAGUACUGUUUGACCCAGUGUUUCAGUCCUCCUUGUCCAGUUCAACCGUGCUCCUACGGCACGUACAAACCACAAUUGUACCCCACGCUCUUCAACAACCACGACAUAUAUAACCCUUGUGGAAUAGGCGAAGAUUGCACCUCAUAUGACGAACAUCAUUCCGUUGUCAGCCUUACAUGCCCUCCUGGUUUCAGCAAAGAAAACAAUAUGUGUGUAGCUUACUACAAUCGAAUUUGUCAAACUGGUUACAAGCUUCAGAACGGAAAAUGCGUCCGAACCGAAGAGUUAAAACCACUCUGUACUCCAGGAUUUUCACUAGUCAAUGAAACAUGUUUGCGUAUUCGAUGUGGUAUCGGGUACAUGCGCGAUGGAAUACGUUGCAAACGGCUUGAAUAUCGACCGCCUUUGUCCUGCCCCAAAGAUUACAUAAUCGUGCACGGUUUCUGUCUGCAUAAAAAUGACUGCGCAGGAGGUUCUAUCGAAGGUAUUUAUUGUGUUAGAAAACGUUAUGAGUCAUACGUUUGUCCCCGAGGAUAUCUGCUGCAGAACAACACAUGCAUAGCAUCGGCAUUAUGCACAAAUAGUGACUCAAUUCUUUGGACAUCUGGUUGUAUACAUAAAAAGUAUAUGCCACUCAUUUGCCCACCUGGGACAAGACGAAUACAAAAUAUGUGCGUUCAUCUUGAUCCACCAUUUUGUGAUGUACAGUUGAUAAAAACAAACUGUUUGGGUGAGAUCAGGGGGGAUGAAUGUAUCUCUUUAGAAACACCUAGAUGCGGUGAAGGCUACAUCUUGAAAGACGACAAAUGCGCAAAGUGUUCGACAAAAAGUCCCAAUUGCCCAUCUAAUAUGAUAAUUAUAGAUGGAAAAUGUAUGCUAUGGAAACACUGCAAAAAUGGAAGCUUUUUGAACCGAGACGGAAAAUGUGUGUCAAUCGAAAUAAAAGUGGCUACUUGCAAAAAAGGAAUUCUAUAUUUUGGAAAAUGCUUAGAAGAGCUCCCAGAAUGCCACGAUGGUUACACACUGGUGAAUGGACAUUGUGUUAAAAUAGAUCCCGCGGUACCUAUAUGCAGAAACGGGUUCCUCUACAAAGGACGAUGCGUACGACUGGCGCGAUGUAAGGGAAAUGGCAUUACAUUAAAGAAUGGUUGGUGCAUUCGGCACAACUACAGUGAUCUCACAUGUGAUGAUGAAACAAUCCGAAUUCGAGACGUUUGCAUUAACGGUGUUCCAAAAUGUCCGGACAAUUACUUUUUCUCUGAAGGACACUGCUGCUCGGUUCAUAUUCAAUCAGCAGAAUGCAACAACAACGGAAAAUGUAUUGAUAACUUCUGUUCCUUGUCUUUCCCCAGCUGCAGUCCCACGUUCUUCUUCGACGGGUCUGUAUGUAAAAAAUUAUUGACAAGCUCGGCCAAAUGUCCUGUUGGAACAACUCCAGAUAAUACCGAUCGCAGUUACUGUCAAUACUCUUCUGAGCACGCCGAAUCCAUUUGUCCAGCAGAAUUUUAUUUUCAUAACGGGAUUUGCCAAAAACGGUUGUACGCUGACAAGAACUGUCCCAGUGGCUUCCAGAGGAAGCAGAAUAUAUGCGUACGUAAAGCGUGCAGUAAUCCAAAGCUAACCAGUUUAUGCGGCGCUUAUGAACUUACGAAAUCUCCAAUUGCUGUUCUAGAAAAUAACUCACAAACACCGAAAACUGCAGUAAAUCAAAUAGAGCAACAUUCACAGAAACCAAGCGUAAAGGAGACUUCAAAAUCAGCAAACGCGCAACAUAAUCAAUAUUGUUGUCAAAUUUUUUCUCCCAGAAUGUGUGAAUACAACAAUGAAGCGGCAGAAUGGAGUUGCUAUCACACGCAACACCGCCGAUGUGGAAAAUUUUGUUCAUACAAAAAUCAACAUAUCUACCUUAGUCCAACGCAAUCGUAUCAAAUGGAGAACGGUGUCCUGAUCAUGAAACCGCUGGAAUCAGAAGAUGAUGACAACGGUGAUGAGGACCAUAAUUGCGACGAUUGCACCGAUGGCAGUCACGAUUGUGACAGUUAUUGCUACACUUACGACUGCCAAGAGAAAAGUGGUGGUUGCAAUUACAUGGACCAGGCCGAGUUUUGUUCUACUUACCCUGGAAUGGGUUGUUCCUCGGCGGACGGUUGCUAUGACCAGAAAUUUUGCGUUUCAUAAUUGUGUCUGAAUGAGCAUUGUUUUUUGAUUUUUAUUUGAGAAUUUUUAUAUCUGGAAAAAUUAUUUGUAAACAUCAGAAAACUGUAGAAAAACAAUACACAAUAAAGAAAAGGCCAAAUAAAUUGUUCAAAUAUG